CGGAGAGCAGGCGGCGCGAGGCUCUGGGUCGCAGUCGGGGUGGGCACCCGCGGUCCCCGGCGCGGGGGCUCUUUCCAGAGGCAGUUGCUACUUGAGAAUGGGACCCUGACCCUCUCCCCACUUCCUGUGACCGGGCCAGCGGCCGAGGUGUCUGUGGGGAUGCCUGUGAACCGCCAGCAGUCAGACUCUUCGGAGAUGGACUCGGAUGUGUCCCCCGGCUGCGGGCUCAGUGACCUGAGCAGAGGGGGCAGCUUGGACAGUCGAAGCAGCAGCUCCCGCUCCCGGAGUUUGACUUUGGAUGACGAGAGCCUGAAGUACCUGACACAUGAGGAAAAGGAUGUCAUCCUGUUUUUUGAAGAGACCAUUGAUUCCCUGGAAGACGACUUUGAGGAGCAAGUCCUGUGUGACAGCCACUCUCCGGGGUCUCUGGAAGAGCGUGCUUCCGGUCACUCUGAGCCGGGAGAGGUCAUCGAUUUAGUGCAGCCAGCACCGGAGGCGGGAGAACUGGAGUGCCUCCCGGCUGGGACGGAGGCUGCAGGGGCUGGCCCUGCCGGGAAGGAAGACAUUCCCGUCCUUGAAGGCAGGAACCCAGAGGCCGACGGUCCUCCCCUGCCAGACUCCGCAGCUCCAGAGGCCCCUCCAGUGCCGCCCACCCAGCCUAUGGUUGCAGUGGCCGCGCCCCCCAGAAAGGAGCUGCCAGCUCCCACUCCCCCCGCAGAGCACCCCAAACUGCCCCGCUCCGUUCCCACCCCACUGGUGAUCGCUCAGAAAAUGUCUGAGAAGUUAGCUGGAAGUGAAGCACUUUCACCCGCGUCCCCCUCCAAGGAGGGCAAGCCGGGGGAAUGGAGGACACUGCCUUCGGGGGCUCCUCGGAACGGGGACCCCUUCCUGUGGCACAGACACGCGGCCCAGCCCCUGCCCAAGAUCCACCGCUUCCCGAGCAACAUCAGCGUGACCAACAGCGCGGGGAAGGAGUUCAACAAGACCAUCUCCAAAGCAGCCGUCAACGUGCAGGAGCGGAAGGCCCGGGUCUUGGCCAACAUCAAUGGCGUGUCUUUCCUGACCACGGGGGAAGCGGAAGACCGGGCCCCCAGGGCUGAUGUCGCCGAGCAGGGCAGAAGCAUCCAGAGCAAGCCAGGCCCGGUCCAAGAAGCCACGUCCACGCGUCCCGGUGGCCACACCAGCACCCAGCAGUCCAGAGGCGUGCAGACAGAAGAGUGCCCGCCGAUGGCCAAUGGCUUCCAGAGCAUCCACGACGUCCUCAAGAGUGAGCCCAGUGCCUUCGUCUCGACUGGAAAAACUGUCACCUUCCAUCCAGACCCGGCGCUUGCCAGCAAACUUGCACGCCAGAACGCCAGCAGGAGCCUUUAUGAGCACCGGCAGCCGGACUGUGGCCAGGAUGCCAGAAAGCGGUCAGGUUCACUGCCCAGGGCUGUUGGGUUCAGGCCCCAGGGCAUCACUGUCCAGUUUUCUGGCCGUGGCUCCACAGAGGAGGCCCGCCGGGAGGCCCUGCGCAAGCUCGGCCUUCUGAAGGAGAACUUGUGAUGGAGGAUGGGGUGGGGCUGGAAAGGCACGAUGGCCAGACCCGCGUGGCCUAACACGGAUGUGCCUGCGUGAGGAGCAGUGGCCACGGUCCCAGGGCUGUGCCCUGUGGAGGACGAGAGAGGACAGGUGCCAGGACUCCGCAGUCCAGGCAGAGGGAGUGGGGACAGGAAGUGCUGCCCGACGCCACUGCCACAUUGGAGCAGGACGAUCCUUCCGGGAGAGUCCGGUCCCGUAUCUUGUCUUCCUUUUUCCGGGAGCUCAGAGAAGAACCCUGACAACCCUAAUACCAUAUCUUUUUUUUUCUUUUUUUUUUUUGGAUUUAGAAGGAGGGUGAUUGGGUCUGAUUUGUUAUUCUUCAGUCUCUCAUCUAGACUCUUAUCCCCAGGACAUGAUGCCCAAGCCAGGUAACAUUUCCGACACUCAAUUAUCCAUGAAAGGGAUCUUCUCUUCCUUUUCUGAGAAAAUAAAACGGAAAUGCCCAAUUUUCAUAACAUCUCAGAGCAUCUCCUUUGGUUUUUCUGUUUGGUUUUCAGGGGUAAAAUUUGGUGUGUUGGCCCUAGAUGUGCCUUUGUUUUUGGAUAUAAUUUGGUUUGCCCAUUUGUUUUGUUUUGUUUUGUUUUGUUUUUAAUUGAAAAUUGAAAUGAACCCUUCAGAGUAUGAUUUACUGUAAUUUUGAGUUACGGGAGUGGAAGGAAAAGUUUGGAUUUGGAAAAGGUGGUAAUUUUCAUCAGACUACGGGGGCUGUCACUGGGAGAUACGUGGGUGAGCGUGUAUUGUGUAUAUACCUGUACAUAAUGUGUGUUUAUAGAAACGUGUUCACACGCACAUACAUUCGUGAGUCCACAUCCGUAGACUUCUUAAGACCCUACCAAGUAACUUCAAGAUGCAAGCCCUUCCUACUCUCUUGACGGAUGCGGCCAUCCCAGCUGUGACGGGGGACACAGAGAUUGGUACCUUUAAGGGCACAUCUCCAUAAUCAAGAGAGCUUCUUGCUCACACAUGUGUUGCUCUGUGCCCAAGGAAGGUAAUACUCCAAGUAGGCUUCCAGAGAAGCAAGAUAGUUCCUUUUCUUCAUGAAGAACAUUUUUAAGGAUGUAUCCCCUAAUUUUAACCUGAUUUCCAUUUAUCACCCAAUUUUAGUUGUGCAUGUUCCAAGGUAGCUAGUAAACAGAAGGAAACAAAAACAUUCUUGAGAUCCCUCCUGUUCUGUGAGCAAGAUCUCAGGAUUAGUCUCAAAGGGGAAAAAACCCCAGCAAACUAGGUUCCACAGUCUGAGAAGAACUGCUUUUCUCCCAGACUGUGUGUUAUAGGCUGAGUUGUAGCCACAAGCAUUCUUAUUAAAACUAUUUAAGGCUGGAGUCUUAAGCCUCUAAAAAUAGGCUAGGAAGGGCCGCAAUUGCAAGUCACGCCCUUUUGUUAUUAUGUCUCAGCCCCUGUCACAGAAUCCGUUUCCUCCUGUUGAGUAUUAUUUAAAUUAAAACUUUUAAAUGCACCAUAAAGCACAUCCUUCAUAGUAUUCAAUUUGCCUUGUAAGUUACAUAAAAUGAUUGUCAUUUUUUUCCCUUAGAACUACAGUAUCUAGUGUCCUCAUCCCGCCCGUGUCCUCCUGAAACAAUCUUAUAGAUUCUUGAAGGUCUUAAUUUUAAUAGGUGCUUUGAUUUUACAGGUUUUUAAAAGAGUUUUUAUUGUACUCUUAUUUAUGUUGGAUUUGUUUGAAGAAUUCUGGAGGGCUGUAUUACCUUUUCACGAAGUGAGAUGCCAUACACAGUGUUUAAAAUUAGAGGGUCUUGAUAUGGGUAACAUUUUAAAUAUCCUUUAGAUAUGAGAAUUAUCUCUUUUAUGCUAUCCUGUGACUUCACUGUGAUUAAGGUCAACGUGACUAUAUAUUGGUAUAUUUGUUCUCAUGAUGACGUUUUGGAAAAAUAAAUUUAGAGAUUUAUCUUAAGUA